AUGAGAGUAGAUCUACUAAGAGCGUGUAUGCUCAACAGUCAGAAGCUUGAAACUUACUUACCACACACACACUCCAAGAGAAGCACUGCACCAGGACUACCUAAAACAUUUACAUCGUCACAUGGACACAGACACAGGCAUGCACCAAAACCAACACAACAACCAACAGUUCAAAACCCUGCACAACAACCAACAGUUCAAAACACUGCACCACAACCAACAGUUCAAAAUCCAGCACCACAACCAACAGUUCAAAACACUGCACCACAACCAACAGUUCAAAACACUGCACAGCAACAACCACAAACAGAGCAAGGACAUAAAAGAAGUAGAGAACAAGGAAACCAAGAAUUCUUAAAAAUGCUUAAGGAAAAUUAUGGUUACCCAGAUACUCUACUUUAG